GCUCCGCUUCCGAUGAGUCGGCUCUGAGGGUUCAGUCAGAGCGAAGCGCCGGAGCCGCCGCCAGCCCGAGCCGAGCCCGCGAGACCCGCCGCCGCCCCCCGCCCGCCAUGGCUUCGGGAUCCGAUUCUAAAGCGGACGACUUAUCUACCGCAAUUCUAAAGCAGAAGAACAGGCCCAAUCGGUUAAUUGUCGAUGAAGCCAUCAAUGAGGACAACAGUGUUGUAUCGCUCUCCCAGGCAAAAAUGGAUGAAUUGCAGCUGUUCAGAGGAGACACAGUUCUGCUAAAAGGAAAGAAGAGGCGAGAAGCAGUCUGCAUUGUCCUGUCAGAUGAUACCUGCUCAGAUGAGAAGAUUCGCAUGAAUAGGGUUGUUCGUAACAACCUGAGAGUGCGCCUUGGUGAUGUGAUCAGCAUCCAGCCCUGCCCAGAUGUGAAGUAUGGCAAACGCAUACAUGUGUUACCGAUUGAUGACACAGUGGAAGGGAUCACCGGGAAUCUGUUUGAGGUCUACCUCAAACCAUACUUCCUGGAAGCAUAUAGACCAAUCAGAAAAGGUGACAUCUUCCUUGUGCGUGGAGGGAUGCGUGCUGUGGAGUUCAAAGUGGUGGAGACAGACCCAAGCCCUUACUGUAUAGUGGCUCCAGAUACCGUGAUCCAUUGUGAAGGGGAGCCCAUCAAACGAGAGGAUGAGGAAGAGUCCCUGAAUGAAGUGGGCUAUGAUGACAUUGGAGGCUGCCGGAAGCAGCUGGCCCAGAUCAAGGAGAUGGUGGAGCUUCCGCUCAGACACCCUGCGCUUUUCAAGGCCAUAGGUGUGAAGCCUCCACGUGGAAUCCUGCUGUACGGCCCUCCUGGUACCGGUAAGACCCUGAUUGCACGUGCAGUGGCUAACGAAACUGGAGCUUUCUUCUUCCUGAUCAAUGGCCCUGAGAUCAUGAGCAAGCUGGCUGGUGAGUCUGAGAGCAAUCUCAGGAAAGCUUUUGAGGAAGCUGAAAAAAAUGCGCCUGCCAUCAUCUUCAUCGAUGAACUGGAUGCCAUUGCUCCAAAGAGGGAGAAGACGCAUGGAGAGGUGGAACGUCGCAUAGUGUCUCAGCUGCUGACUCUUAUGGAUGGCCUGAAACAGAGAGCACAUGUGAUUGUUAUGGCAGCUACCAACAGACCUAACAGCAUUGACCCUGCACUCAGGCGAUUCGGUCGCUUUGACAGAGAGGUAGAUAUCGGUAUCCCUGAUGCCACCGGCCGCCUGGAGAUUCUGCAGAUCCACACAAAGAAUAUGAAACUGGCUGAUGAUGUUGAUCUGGAGCAGGUGGCCAAUGAGACCCACGGCCAUGUUGGUGCAGACUUGGCUGCUCUUUGCUCCGAAGCUGCUCUCCAGGCCAUCAGGAAGAAGAUGGAUCUCAUAGACCUGGAGGAUGAAACCAUAGAUGCUGAAGUGAUGAAUUCACUGGCUGUGACCAUGGAUGACUUCAGGUGGGCUCUGAGCCAGAGCAACCCCUCAGCUCUGCGGGAGACCGUGGUGGAGGUGCCGCAGGUUACCUGGGAAGAUAUUGGUGGUCUAGAAGAUGUGAAGAGAGAACUCCAGGAGCUUGUGCAGUAUCCUGUGGAGCACCCAGACAAAUUCCUCAAAUUCGGCAUGACUCCAUCCAAAGGGGUCCUGUUUUAUGGACCACCUGGCUGUGGUAAGACACUGUUGGCUAAAGCCAUUGCCAACGAAUGCCAGGCCAAUUUCAUCUCCAUCAAGGGGCCAGAGCUUCUCACCAUGUGGUUUGGUGAGUCUGAAGCCAACGUGCGUGAGAUCUUUGACAAGGCCCGCCAAGCAGCGCCCUGCGUGCUCUUCUUCGAUGAGCUGGACUCCAUUGCAAAGGCUCGAGGUGGGAACAUCGGGGACGGUGGUGGCGCCGCAGACCGUGUCAUUAACCAGAUUCUGACAGAGAUGGAUGGCAUGUCCACCAAGAAGAACGUCUUCAUCAUUGGUGCUACCAACAGGCCAGACAUCAUCGACCCGGCCAUCCUGCGCCCUGGCCGCCUGGAUCAGCUCAUCUAUAUCCCCCUGCCUGAUGAGAAGUCACGAAUCGCCAUCCUCAAGGCCAACCUGAGGAAGUCCCCCGUUGCCAAGGAUGUGGACCUGGAGUUCCUGGCAAAGAUGACCAACGGCUUUUCGGGAGCUGACCUGACCGAGAUCUGCCAGCGCGCCUGCAAACUGGCCAUCCGCGAGUCCAUUGAGAACGAGAUCAGGCGAGAGCGCGAGAGGCAGACCAACCCUUCUGCCAUGGAGGUGGAGGAGGACGACCCGGUUCCGGAGAUCCGCAGGGAUCACUUUGAGGAGGCCAUGCGCUUUGCUCGCCGCUCUGUCAGUGACAACGACAUCAGGAAAUACGAGAUGUUUGCACAGACUCUACAGCAAAGUCGCGGCUUCGGCAGCUUCAGAUUCCCAUCAGGUAACCAGGGUGGUGCUGGCCCGAGCCAAGGCCCAGGCAGUGGCAGCGGAGGGAACGUGUACAGUGAAGACAAUGACGACGAUCUCUAUGGUUAACUUGCCGCCCUCUGCGGACCAAACUGCAGACCAGGCCGUGUUGUGCAGGGAAAUUCCAAUGGACUCUCGGCUUCUUCAUUCCUCAGUCAGAACAGUGUAGCUGCACGUCAGACUUUGUACAGGGGUGUCUGUUGCAAACACAAUAAAUUACAAACCGGUGUCGUUUGGGAGGCAGACAGUGAAUUAACCAGGAGGGGAAGUGACUUAAUUUCUGAGAAAUUUCUGUUCUAGUUUGUGGCAGAAUCAGCAGCUUUAGCAAAGGGUACAACGCUAGCCUGUAUAAAAACCACAAAAAUAAUAAAAAAAACCAAAAAAGUUCCCAUAAAAUUCCAA